AUGAAAGAGGAGUACAUGUGUUUCAUGAAUGAGUUCCUGGAGAUGGAGUGGGGCGCCAUGCAGCAGUUCCUCUUCGAGAUCUCAAACCUGGACAGUGUGAGCAACGCGGGGGGCUUUGAGGGCUACAUCGAUCUGGGAAGAGAGCUGUCCAUCCUUCACAGCCUGCUCUGGGAGGUCAUGGCCCAGCUCAGCAAGGACGCGAUCAUCAAACUGGGUCCGCUGCCUCGCCUCCUGAACGACAUCAGCAUGGCUCUGCGGAACCCACACCUACAGAGGCAGCCCAGCCACCAGGCCCGGCCCAGCUUCAACCGGGGCAUCUCCUCCGACAUGCACCACCUCCUGAUGAGAGACCUCAACAGCUCUGUAGACAUCACUCGCUUGCCUUCCCCCACCUCCACUGGAGGAAUGAUGCCGUCCCGCUCACAGAUGGCGUUUCAGGACCGUGACCUUCAGCGGGGGACGUCCAAAGACAUGUUUUAUAUGUCCCGCCCUCCUCUGGCUCGCUCCAGCCCGGCCUACUGCACAAGCAGCUCGGACAUCACUGAGCCCGAUGCCAAGGAUUCCAGAAUGAACAGCGUGUCUAACCUGCAGUCGGUCGACAUGCUCAACUCCUCCCAGGCCUCCAUCGCCGGGAUGGGCAGCUUCAGCGGAGGUCUGGGCUCCGGCCUGAGCCAGCUGCGUGCCGGUGGGAGGCUGUCGGCUGGCUCUGGCUCCAGUAUUUCGGGGGGCCUCCGCUUGGGCCAGCUGAGCCAGAUGGGUACAACCACCGACUCACUGUCCCAGCAGCAGCAGCAGCAGGCGGCCGCCAUGCGCUACCCGCUGUCCUUCCAGAACCCCCUCUUCCACCUGGCAACAGCUGACGGCCCUCAACACCAGCACAGCCGAGCCCCCCCUCUGCUCCUGACCCCAGAGCCCGACGCCUCUCACCAGUCCUACAUCCCACAGUUCGCCCAUGGGGGGUUCUCCCGCAGCGAGGACCUAUCCACCCUCCGGACCAGAGACACACACCUCGGCCAGCCCAGCAUCAUCCACUCACACAGCUACAGCGACGACUACAACCGAGCCGAGUUUGCACGCAGACAGAUGUCCACACAUGUGCAGGACAACCACCCGCAGAUGGGCAUUAUGUCUCAGACCGGGACGUCCCACUCAUCUCUGGCCACCACUCCCCCCUCCACAGUGCUGCCCAUGAGACAGAGCUCUGUGGCUCCGCCCCCAGCUCAGCGAAUGAAAUCUCAGACGUCCCAUCAGCUGUCAGUCAACCUGUCUGCAGCCACGCCCCCUGCUAAGACCCGCCCCCCCAGUGCCAACCUGCUGCAGUCCCCUGAGUCUGCUUACACCAGGCAGAACUCCCGCCAGCUGUCCGUCAAAGACAACACAGCGCCGGGUCUGCCCCACCAGCAGAGCUCUACACGGGAGAACCAGAGCCCACAGAGCACCACCAGCCCCAGUGGACAGCACUCCCCUCAGCAGCAGCAGCAGCAGCAGCAGCAGCAGCAGCAGCAGCAGAAACACCUGCUGAAGCCCAGCAUGGCCAAACCGGCCUCCCAGAGCCCGCAGACCCUGGCCCCCGCGAACGAGCGCACAGUGGCCUGGGUCUCCAACAUGCCGCACCUGUCCGCUGACAUCGAGAGCUCCAGGAUCGACCGCGAGGAGUUCAAGCUGAAGGAGUACUCCAAGAGCAUGGACGAGGGUCGCAUGGACAGGGUGAAGGAGUACGAGGAGGAGAUCCACUCUCUCAAAGAGCGUCUCAUCAUGUCCCAUAAGAAGCUGGAGGAGUACGAGCGCCGCCUCAUGAGCCAAGAGCAAACCACCAACAAGAUCCUGCUGCAGUACCAGAACCGGCUGGACGACAGCGAGAGGAAGCUCCGGCAGCAAAAGGUGGAGAAAGACUCCCAGAUCCAGGGCAUCAUCAGCAGACUCAUGGCUGUGGAGGAUGAGAUCAGAGGGGGACCUGUCAUUGAACCAAAAAGCCGGAUGUUCCCGGAGCAGGGGAGGCGUCAGUCCAUCCUAGUGCAGCCCCGCGUGGCCCCGGCCCCUCCCCGAGUGCCCAGCCACUCCCACAGCUUCAUGGAGGACAAUGUGGAACCUAAUUGGCUGAUGCGCCAUCGUCAGUCUGUGGGAUGGCAUGGCCAGAUGUCCAGAGCACUUUCUCGUGACGCGAUUGGUUGA